CUAAAUAAGCCAAAAAUCAGAGCCAGAUUUUCAUCACGAAAUCUCCGUUCCACCGAUUCCAAUUCAACCCGAAAACCUCUGCUCCAAUUUUGAAUUCGAAUUGCCAUACAAAAACCCUAAGUUCAUACUUCAUACCCACUUAUCAUACGUCUGGCUACGAUCAAUCUGAUUUCAGUUUCAAUUUCUGGGUGAAUUUUCGUCUUCUCCGUCGAAAUAUGAAAGCUUCGAUCAAGUUCCGCGAGGAUCAGAAGCCAUUGCUGAGAGCCAAGGUCCCUAUCAGCAUCCUGAGCUUCCCUUUCCAAUCGGGGAUCGCCGCCGGCGACUCCAAGGAACUCUCUCUCAGCCUCCGCACUUUCUUCAACGCCGGCCCCUCUCUCAGGUUCUCUUACCGCCCUAAUGAUUCGCAGAAGCCGUUUAGUUUUGUUCUGAAAACCGGUAUCGGCCACUUCGGGUCUCCCGAUUCGAGCCCGUUCACAAUGAGUGCCGAGUUCAAUCUGAUCGGGAAUCAAAACCCUAGUUUCUUCGUUCACUUCAAGCCUCGGUUUGGGGAUUUCUGCGUUAAGAAGUCACACUCCUCUUCGGAUCUCGUGAAGAGUUUCAGCUCAGAUUCCAAAUUGAACGGCGCGGCCGGCGACCUUUUGGGGACAAAGGUAUUAGGGGAUCACGCCAACUUUUUCGACCCGAAAUUUAGGGUUCCCACCCCUGAAUCUGCUGUGAAUGGGGUGGUUGAGAAGCUAUUCUCGGGCGCAACGGUGAGCGCGAGGACUUCACUUCCAUUGAAAAGCCGGGCAGUUGUGAGCUUCUGCUGGGGACUGAGGUUUCCAUUGGAGUCCAGAGAGGACGACGGUGUCCUAGUGGGGAAGAAGACAGACCGUAUGGCCAACAUAUCUUUCAGGAAUCUCCCGUUGCUCGUGAUGAACAAAAUCUGCAUCGAACACGUGGCUGCCAAGGACAACUCAAAGAAGGGUCCUGCAGGCAAUGCAGAUGUUGGAGAAGAACCCGGUUUGAAAUUGCAGAGACAGCUAGAACUUAUCCAAGCAGAGAUUGGGCUUCUGAGGAAUGCUCAGAAUGAUUUCAGAGCAGAAAUAGUGGACUCCGAAAGGAGAGGAUCCAAAUUUUACCCCGGUGCCCGAGGGAGCCAACCAGACAAGAAACAAUCCGAUGCGAGUGGGUUGAAAGAGAAGACCUCAGAUGAUUUGAAUGGGAAGUUGAAGAAGGCCAUAUAAGCCAGCAAUGGGAAAUAGAAGGGUUUUGGCUUUUGUUCAGUCCAUUCUUCAAUUUGCUGCCAUUAGUGAGUUUAUUAUAGCUUUUAGGCACAAUUCUUGUUUCCUUUUAUAUCUAAAAAAUAUUUCUUUUCGUUUACAUUUGGAGUGUAUUUACUCUUCCAUGACUUGUCUUAGCGGCCUUGAAUCGAAAUAAAACUAUUUAUCAAAG